AUGAUGGGCCGACUCGUGCACUAUGCGGCAGACGCACUCAUGGUGUCGACGAUCAUUGCCGGCGUGAAGCGCAGCUCGGGCGUGACGAUCGACACGACGCGCGUGUCGGAGCCCAAUGUGCGCAACGCACUGCAGUACUACCUAGCUGCCGGUGAAUUCGUGUUUGACAAGACGCUCUCAAUCGCGCAGAGCAGCCAAUACUUCCGCCCCGCCGAGCCCGUUAACCCGCUCUCUCUCUUUAAUCAAGAAGCGCUCACGUCGCUCCGCCAGUACUCGCACCCGGAGGCACAGCCGCGGUGGUAG